AUGUACAUCGAUCGUGUUCUUCACAAUAUGGAAAACCAUGCUCCGUUAUUCUCGGAAUCGGUUAGAUUCAAGAUCGAAGUUUGCUUCGUCAUCUUGUGAGUUUGUUGAAAAAUUCUAGGUAACUUUAUACAUACAUUUUCAGUGUUUUCCUGGUUUUUACCAUGUUUUUCACAUCUGUUUUCCUGGUUUUGUAUCUGAUGUUCUGUUCGAAUAACAAUGUUGCUUCGUUGUUUCUCUCAGUUGCUGUUCAUCCAGAAGAUGCAACUGAAAACGAAGUUGUCUACUUCGAGCAUGAAACUGUUACGGAAUAUGGUUCAUACGUGGAAAAUUGA